CCUCGUUCAGUUGUUCCUCAACCUACCUACGCCGCUCCGCGCUCGACCGCCUUUGCCUGCCUUCCCAUUCCCCCCGUCUCCUCUUCCCUUCCGCCAUGGCCCAGCCCGCUUUCCUCUCCUCUCUCCGCUCCCGCCUCGGCUCCGCGCCGCCGCCCCCGCCGAACCAUCGCCUCCAGCCCAGGCGCGGCUACCACGUCGAGCUUGGGGCUCGCGAAAAAGCGCUUUUGGAGGAGGAUGUUGCUUUGAAGAGGUUCAAAUCAUACAAAAACAGUGUGAAACAGGUCUCCAAGAUCGGGAAUGCUCUCACUUUAGCUGUUGUACUUGCUUGCAGCUACGAGCUUGCUGUGUUGGCGACUAGCACAAAAUGAAGGAAAACUCAGUCAUGUGGCGGCACGGUUAUUCCGGGAAGUGAUCCAUCAGCAUGAACUGGCACUCUCUCUCUUCGUGUUUUUUUAGCCCCGUUUGUUGAUCACUCGUACCGUGUAAAAUAAAAUAAACUAGGUUAACCUUGAUUGGCAAAUAAUGUCUCUGUUUUUAUGGCCUAGUUGCAAACAAAGUGAGAGAAGCAUUCCGUGGUGAAUCGUGAAGAAUGAACGCCGCCUGCUUUGUUUA